AUGGCUCACUUCAAGACUUUAUUUCUUCUCAGCCUUCUCUUUGCUGUAGUUCUUGUGAACUCUUACAGAGCUUCUGCUGAUAAUGAGCCCGGGGUUGCCCAAACUCAGGGUGGUGCGCAAGUGGACAACCAUGGAGGCGGAGACGGACGUAGGCCUAUAUGGCGUCGUUGCCGCUAUCCACACUGCAAGGAGGGGGUCCACGGGGAUGAGACUCAUCAAGCCGAGACUCAGACUAAAUCUGGAGAAACUGAGAGUACUAAUACAAAUGAAAGUGGAGAUGGUCACAAGCCGUACAAACCAAAGCACUGCAAAUAUUGGCCACACUGUCACUAA